AAUAACUUAAAUGGGGUGCUGUUGUGGUGCAGAUAAGAAGAACACUAAGAAGCCGAUGCCAAGGAGGGAGCCAGCUCCUCCCCCAGUCAAUAUUAGACAUGAAGAAUCCAUUAAAAAGGAUGUAAGGAAGGACGAUAAAGGUGCUGAUUCGCCUAAGAAAGAAGACCCACAGAAGUUCAAGAAAGAAAAGAAGCCUAAAAAGAAGAAUACUGAUGUUGAUAAGCUUAUGAAGGCAGCAAAGGAACAUGAAACUCAUGGGCUUACUAAGGAUAAGAAAUCGGCAGCGCUCUUCCUUGAUUGUGAUGAAAACUACAGAGGUGUCUCUGAUUUUCUCAAAACAUCAUCUAACUUCAAAAUUGAUGCUCUCGAUAGGGUUUCCAUAAAUUGAGUGAACAAAUUGGAUAACAGAGAUAAGAAAUGAGCUUCUUCAUUAUUUAAUGGGAAGAACUUGAAGAGCAUAAAUACCAUCUACCUCAAUGGGCACACUGAAUCUGGGUUAAAAGAUAUCAACGAAUACGCCUCAACCUUAUUUAAGACAGCCACAAAGCAGAUUUAUCUCGAUAGCUUUAACUUUGAUCAAGAUGAUUUGAUUCAAAUUUUCUCCACUUGUGUUAAAACACAAGAACUUUGCCUCAUAAAUUGUUCAAUAGAAAAACUUGACGAAGACUUCAAAUUAAACCCUAAACAAGUAUUCGCCAUGAAGUCCCUUGAUAUGUAUUGGACCCUAUCUAAAGAUAGAGACGACCUAAUAGACGAGGAGAAGGCUAAAAUAUUUUUUAAAGCAAUUGCAAAAUCCAAACUCAAAGCUUCCCUCAAACAAAUCCAUGCUUGCACCAAUGAUUUCAAGGCGAAGGAACUAGAAGCAGUGAUAAAAGCAGCAGGUUUGAAGGCUAGAGUUGUUUGAGAUACCAAACAGCCUAAACCAAAGCAUUAAGGGAGAGAAAGAGAAAGAUUAAGAUAA